GCGCAAAAAACCCUCCGACAAACCGCUCCCCUGGCACCUCGCCCUCCUUCCCCACAUCCUGUCCGACCCGCGCGUGAACACCGAGACGAUGGAUUUGGUGAUGAUGGAGAGUGAGGAGAUGAAGGGGGGUGUUGUGGCCUGGGGCGUUUAUGAAGCUGCUGCUGCGGGGAAUUGUGGGAUGGCGAGAUAUCUUGUGGGGGUGCUGGAGAAUGGGUGGGGGUUUAAUGGGAUGCAUUUGGAAGUUUUGAAUACUGAACCGGAUGCGGUUCUCUUCCCUUACCGCAAGAACCAGAUUCUUAAGAAAGCGACAGGGAACGGGUCCAUCACUCCUCUCCAACUCGCAGCCUCCAACCCCAACCCACACUUCCUCCGCCUCCUCUACGCCGACCUCACACCCAUGGACGCUUCGGAACCAGACGACCGCGGCCGCACGGCCCUACAUUUCGCGGCGGGGAAUAGGGAUCCGGGGUGUUUGCGGUUUUUGUUGGAGGAGGGGAUGGAGCCGGCGAAGGGGGAUUUGCUGGGGGUUACGCCGUUGAUGUUGGCGGCGAGGUAUGGACGGGAUGAGAAUGUGAGGAUUUUGGUCGAGGCAUUGGGUGCGGAUCAUACCGCGAUGAAAGAAGGAUUCACACCCCUUCACAUAGCCGCCCACUUCGGCCACGCCUCCACCCUCUCCCUCCUCCUACUCCUCGGCGCCUCACCCACGACCCAGUCCCGCAAAACCAAAGCCACCGCCCUCCACCACAUCUGCUCCCAAGGCCACACCGCCCUCCUCGCCACUCUCCUCCCAGCCCACCUCCCCCUCCUCACCACCCCCGACAAACUAGGCCGCACCCCCCUCCACCUCGCCUGCAAGAACGGACACACCGCCAUCGUCAAACAGCUCCUCCGUCACGGCGCGGACCCAGACGCGUGCGACACAUCCGAUAACACGCCUUUACAUUACGCGUGCGGGUUUGGGUAUCAGGAUGUGGUGGAGCUGCUUGUGGGGUAUGGCGGGGCGGACCCGAAUCGCGGGAACUGUUGGAAGUUUACCGGGUUGAUGGUGGCGGAUAUGAAGGGGCAUAUGGGGGUUGUUAGGGUGUUGUUGGGGAUGCAGGGGGUGAGGGUGGAUGGGAGGGAUAAGGACGGAUACACGAUGCUCCACCGCACGGUGAUGACACCCAUCAGCUCCGCGUACGAAUCGGAACGGAUGCUGGAGAAGACGCGGGCGUUGCUGGAGAAAGGGGCUGAUCCCAAUGUGGAGGAUUUGGAGGGGGCGACGGUGAUGCAUAUGCUGGCGGGGUGUGUGUGUCCUGAUGCAUUGGUGGCGAGGCCUGCGCCUGAAGAUACGGAGGUCGAUGAAGCGGAUACGGGUGCUGAUGAGACUUCCGUGGGAGGUCCUGUGGCGGGUGGGGAUGGAGGCGUGGAUGACAGUGCGAUGGAGAUCGAUGCGGCGACGGACGGCCAAGCGGGUGAUGGUGAUGCUCCUCUCACGGAUCCUGAGGUGGAAGCGACCAUGGUGAGCGACAAACGCGUGGACAACGAUGCAAUGGAGGAUGAUGAAACCGAAGGGAAGGAGACAGAAGAGACCGCUCCCGACCCAUUCUACAUUGAAGACCAUACUGCCCUUCGCGAGAAGCAAGCCGAUCUUUUCCUCCAAUAUGGUAACAUGCCAAACUUCCACACCCAACGCCUCCGCAAUGGGUACCAACUUUCUUCCUUCGUUUCAUUUUCCGACAGGUGCCAACAUCGACCACCGCUCCAAAGCGAACGAAACCCCUCUGUCCGUAGCCCUCAGCGUCCCCAACCUCGACUCCAUCCUGUUCCUGCUCGCGCGCAAAGCCGACCCACGGGCCGCGACCAACAGCGCCGGCGACAACUUCAUGCACUGUUUGUUGAACGAGGCGGCUAAGGCCGAUGCGCUCUACCUGCGCUGCGGCUCCGCUUAUCCUUGGCAGGAAUGGGACGAGGCUGUGGACAAGAUGGAGCAGGCGUUGGUUUUUAUGAGGCGCUUUUGGGACGGCUUUCUGAAGGCGGGACAUGGGGGCCUUGUUGAGGAGUUGAUGUCGAC